UGUAUGUGGCUUCAUGCUGGUGUUAUUCAUUUACUUGCAAAUAUGCUCAGCCUGCUCUUCAUAGGAAUUCGGCUCGAACAAGAAUUUGGAUUUUUGAAAAUAGGAUGUUUGUAUGUGCUUUCUGGAUUUGGUGGGAGCUUACUGUCAUCUCUGAGUAUCAAUCCAUCUGAAAAUCCAACCAUAUCAGUCGGUGCUUCUGGUGCACUUUUUGGGCUUUUGGGCGCUAUGCUUUCUGAGCUCAUCACAAAUUGGACAAUAUAUUCAAAUAAGUGUGCAGCCUUCAUAUCUUUGAUUCUGAUCAUUGCCUUAAACCUGGCAGUCGGAUUCAUACCUCACAUCGACAAUUCAGCACACAUCGGAGGCUUCGUUUCGGGCUUUCUCCUCGGCUUCAUCCUCCUUAUCCAACCGCAGUUCGGAUACGUUAACCAUAAGUACAUCCCUGCAGGGGCUGAUGUGAAACGUAAAUCCAAGCACAAAUGUUAUCAGUACUUUUUGUUGAUCGUAGCUCUAAUCCUCUUGAUUUUCGGAUAUGCUUCUGGGUUAACAAGGCUUUACAAAACUGGUCCACAAGUAUUGGAAAGCAACACUUUCUGAAGAGGCUGAUGGGAAGCAUAAGUACUUUGAUUUGGUGAUCGUUUGGCUGAGGAAAGUUUAUAAGAUUUUCCUUUGAAAGUGUAAUUUAAACGAUAAAAUCAUAAUGUGAAGUUUAACUUCUACUCACUCGCAGCAGUAGAAGAAUUGUAUGUAGAAAAUACCCACUUCUCCUUUUGUUUUAUAGAUCUCCUUUUGUUUUAUA